CAAUAGGUUAUGUUAAUGUUUAUAUUUUUGACAAUUGUUUAUAAACACCUUGUAAUGUGCAAUCUAAAAACAAAAUGUGAUUAGAAAAAUGAAACUCUAUACAAUUUUGCAACUAGGAAUAUUACUUUCCAUUGCUUUAGUAAUUUUUUAUUUGUACAGCAUUAGAUUAAUAAAUACAACAGAUGUUUAUGAAGAAGACUUUGAAGAAGCUGAACAUGAGAUUACAACUGAAACAGUUUCAUUUAAAAAGACAGAUAUUGUUGUGGCAGUGGUUGCUUGUGGUGAUAGAUUAUUUGAAACUCUCAAUAUGCUUAAAUCUGCCUUAAUGUUUAGCAAAGAAAGACUAAACUUUAUUGUUGUGGCAGAAGACAGACUAAUUGAUAGGUUUAAUGAAAAGUUGGGUGAAUGGAGAGCAUUUAUGAACAAUGGUUUUACUUUCAAAGUUUUACCAUUAACAUUUCCUGCUGAUAACCCUUUGGAGUGGAAAAAACUUUUUAAACCUUGCGCUGCUCAAAGAUUGUUCUUGCCAAAUCUUUUAGAAAAUGUAGAUUCAGUUUUGUACAUGGAUACAGAUACACUAUUUUUGACACCAGUAGAAACAGUUUGGGAGCAUUUUCAUAAAUUCAAUUCUAGUCAAAUGGCUGCCUUAGCACCUGAACAUGAGGAUCCAAAUGUUGGUUGGUAUAACCGAUUUGCCAAACAUCCUUAUUAUGGAAAGCUGGGUGUCAAUUCUGGCGUUAUGUUGAUGAACUUAACUAGAAUGAGAGCCUUCCAAUGGAAAGCAUACGUGGUUCCUAUUUAUAAAAAAUACAAGCUCAAAAUUACUUGGGGCGAUCAAGACAUUAUUAACAUAAUAUUUCAUUACCAUCCAGAUAAAUUGUAUAUAUAUUCCUGCCGAUUCAAUUAUCGUCCAGAUCAUUGUAUGUACACCAGUGUUUGUAAACAAGCUGAAAAAGAUGGGGUGGCAGUAAUUCAUGGUUCCAGGGGUUUUUUUCAUUCUGAAAAACAACCCAUAUUUCAAGCUGUUUACAGAUCUUUUGAGGAGUUUCAGUUAGGUGGUGACAUAUACAGAGACUUCUACCAACCGCUUGAGGUGUACCUAGAAAGCUCCCAAAACAACAACUGUGGUAACGUCAAGGAAAUAUUUCUUAAAAACAUCCGUAAAUAUAUGGAUCUUGACUUUGAAACUAAAUAAUGAACGUCCAAUAUUGAGCUUAAAUGUUUAUAUAAUAUACUGUUAAUAUUUUAGGCAAAUAUUUGAUAUAAUGUGAUUGCCAUAUUAGGUAAGUCUCGAUAUUUUAUGUUUGGUUGUUUAUUGUUUAAUGAUUUUGAAUCUCGGAUUUGAUAUUCCUUCAAUUUCUGUACCUGUAAAGUAAAAGUGCAAU